AUUUCUCUGUGGUAAAUAAAUUGAGAUAUGCAGCCGCUACCUCCACAAUACAACUUCAGACUGGACAGGUGAAUUUAAACACACUGAAAGGCCAAAAUAACAAAAAUAAUGAAGAUACUCCCAGUCAUUGCAUUGGUUGUGUGUACAGGUUGCCAAGCAAACCUAUUCUAUUCAGAUGAGCCUAAGCCAGCGCUGGAGCAGUUGACUGAUGCAUUCAGGAGCUAUUUUGAACGAGCCAAGAAUAGGACUUCACAACUGGGGCAAGAAAUCAACCAGUACACCACAAACCUAAAGGAGAAGAUGAAUCCUCUGCCUAAAGAUCUGAUGACCAAAAUCACCGAAGGUGCUGACAUGCUGAAAGAGCGUAUAGAAGUGGAAGUGAGCACUGUGAGAUGUGCACUGAAGCCCUACCUUGAAUAUGUCACCAGUCCACUUGAGAAGGGCGCGGAAUACAUAAGAGAAUCCCUGGACUUUGAGGACCUGAAGGCCACUGUGCUCCAGAAGAGUGAGGAGCUGAGAGAGAGCCUGGAGCAGGGCAUGAAGGAGCUACAGGAUAAACUGGACCCCUCUACCUGAGAGAAACGCUGGAUCACUAAACUAGUCAACCAACCCAAACAAGACCACCCGAAAUGACAACCUGAUAUUCUAAUAAUUUUUCUAUGAAAUAACCUUUUGAUUCCAAAAUCAAAGAUCAUACAACACAAAUCACCCAAACAGGCCAAAAUGUACAGAUUUCUGUCAAUUAGAGCCAGAAGGUAAAUAUAUGUGUAAAACAUCGAAAUAUUUUAAUAUAGCCUUUGUAUUUAUUUUGUAAUCAUCUGCAUCAUUAGUUUCAUUGAAUAUCCUUUCAUGUUAUAUUCACAGAGAUGAAGAGCUAUUCAUUUUCUUCACGCAACUAUGAAACACUUUUGUUUUAACACAAUGUCUUUUUUAAACUGUUAUAUAAUCAUAUUUGCAAGCCCAAAUAAAUUUUAUAAAAACCAA